AUGCUCGCCGGCAGGCCCCUGUUCCCGGGCAAGAGCGACCUGGACCAGCUGUUCAUGCACGGUGGCGGACCCGUGGUCCACGACGCGCUCGGCCCCCUGACGCCCCGGCAGGCGGCGCGGUGCCUGGACCUCACCGGGUUCGUGCGCUUCCCGGAGGUGGCGGAGCGGCAGACGCUGGCGAAGCGGCUCGGGCGCGCCGCCUCGGAGGAGGACUCUCGGACGCGCGCUUCCUGUCGCGCGCGCUGGCCGUGGACCCGUCCGAGCGGGUCAGCGCGAAGACCGCCCUGUCCACCGCGUGGCUGCGGAUCGGCGCCGGCGGGAGCGCGGACAGUGACAGGACAGACGCGCCGCCAGCCCGAGGCGCCGGGGGCGGCGCCCGGGGCGCCUGCGCAGCUGCCGCCCGCCCGGCGGGAGGCGUCGCAAGAUCCUGGGCGACGCCACCAUCGAGGAAUCCGUCCUAGAGGACGGAAGAAUCCAUCCUGGAGGAGUCGGUUCGCGAGGAAGACGGCGCCAGCCGGGACGCCGACGGGGCGGCGGUUUCGGCCAUGGUCGCCACGAGCGGCUCGGUGGGCAUCGCGGGCGCAGCGGCGCGCGGGCAGGUGCAGGACGGACGGCGUGGCGCCAGGAGGGCCCCUGGGCUGGCCAACGGACGACUCGGCGGCCUCCACGGGCGAGAGCCCGGCGCCAGCGCAGCGCGAGAUCUGCGAGGAAUCGAUCGAGGAGGACGGCGUCGUCCACGCCGUCUCCUCGGACAGGCAGGUCGGCGAGUCCCUGGCUCCGGUGGAGGACAUGAGGAGGGCCUCGUCAGGCCGGCCUCCACGGACCUGCAGGACGAGUCCCUAG